ACAAGUGCCGUGAAUAAAUGUAUUAUGAAAUCUUUAGAAAUUUUGAAUUAUAUAAGUUUGUUGAUGUCCUACAACCCUGAUGAAAUACUGAUACAAUUCUAUCUGUAUAAUUGAAACUAAUUUGAGAUUUGUUUAAUAAAAAUGAUUUUAUUAAGGCUUAUUUUCGCAUUACUUUUCUCAACAUUUGCUGCUUGUCAGCAAGUGUCAGGUAUAUUCACAUCAUUUAAUUCCCUUCACUAUCAAAAUGGAGGUGGCUAUCAAUAUGUUAUGCCUUUUAAUCCAAGUUGGAUAGCAAAUGUAGGCUGGACUAUAGAUGGAACUCAGGAUCAACCAGGUGAUACUUUUAGUUUAGUUUUACCAUGUGUAUUUAAAUUCACAACUACUGCUACUACUAUUAAUCUUCAAGCUAACAAUGUUGUAUUUGCAACAUGCAAUUUUAGACCAGGUGAUAUAGUUACUCCCUAUUCAGAAUUAGAUUGUACAUUUACGAAUAAUGUUACUCCAGAUACCUCAGCAACUGGUACAAUUGAAUUUCCAUUUACAUUUAAUGCGGGUGGAUCUGGAUAUACUUCUGAUUUGACAGAUGCACAAUGUUUUGAUGCUGGUACCAAUACUGUUACGUUUUACGAUGGAAAUAACGCUCUUACUACUUCAGCAGAUUUUCAAGCUGGUACCCCUGCUACCGGAUAUGAUCCAAAUCAAAUUAUUUUUAUGAACAGAAUCAUCCCUUCCAUCAGCAGACAAUUGCAUUUCCUUGAAGCAGGUGUUUGUCCUAAUGGUUAUUCUUCAGGAACUUUGGGUAUUACAGCUCAAAAUGGUGCCAUAGAUUGUUCAUCCUAUCAUGCAGAAAUUAGCAACAAUUUAAAUGAUUGGUAUUUGCCAGAAAGUGGACAGCCUAUGCCUGGAAUACAAGUUACUUGCUCUAGUACUCAAUUAACAGUGAUGUAUAGUGGUGUUCCUGCAGGUUACAGACCUUUUAUAGACGCGCUAUUAUUACCCACUGGAGGAACCUUAGGAACUAUUUAUACAAAUACUUAUACUUGUGCUGAUUCAAAUACAGUUACUGAUAAUAGUAAGAGUAUCACUUGGGGUGUUUAUAAUAAUGCUGGUACAGGAGGAACAGGAAAUGUUGUCGUAAUUACAACUUCCACUUGGACUGGAUCUACUACCCAAGUUACAACUCCAUCAUAUACAGGAGAUACCGAAACCAUCGUGGUUAAUGUACCAAUUCCCACUGUAACUAUUACAACUACUUGGACUGGCACUUAUAACACUACCUCAACUAUCAGUGCAACUCCAGGAGAAACUGCCACAGUUGUAAUCGAUAUUCCAAAGUCAGCCACUACAACAACUGCUAGCUGGACUGGGACUUACACUACUACAACAACUAACAGUGAUGGUGAAACCAAUAUAGUGAUUAUUGAAACGCCAAUUCCGACUGUUACUACUACUAUUCCAUGGACCGGUGAUUAUACUACUACAAUUACUGGAAGUGGUACUGAUACUGUUACGAUUUUAGUAGAGACACCAAUACCUACUAUUACUACUACUAUUCCAUGGACCGGUGAUUACACCACUACAAUUACUGGAACCGGUACUGAUACUGUUACAAUUGAAAUUGAAACACCAAUACCUACUGUUACUACUACUAUUCCAUGGACCGGUGAUUAUACCACUACAAUUACUGGAAGUGGUACUGAUACUGUUACGAUUUUAGUAGAGACACCAAUACCUACUGUUACUACUACUAUUCCAUGGACUGGUGAUUAUACCACUACAAUUACUGGAACCGGUACCGACACUGUUACAAUUGAAAUUGAAACACCAAUCCCAACUAUUACUACUACUAUCCCAUGGACCGGUGAUUAUACCACUACAAUUACUGGAAGUGGUACUGAUACUGUUACAAUUGAAAUUGAAACACCAAUACCUACUGUUACUACUACUAUUCCAUGGACCGGUGAUUAUACUACUACAAUUACUGGAACCGGUACUGAUACUGUUACGAUUUUAGUAGAGACACCAAUACCUACUAUUACUACUACUAUUCCAUGGACCGGUGAUUACACCACUACAAUUACUGGAACCGGUACUGAUACUGGUACAAUUGAAAUUGAAACACCAAUACCUACUGUUACUACUACUAUUCCAUGGACCGGUGAUUAUACCACUACAAUUACUGGAAGUGGUACUGAUACUGUUACGAUUUUAGUAGAGACACCAAUACCUACUGUUACUACUACUAUUCCAUGGACCGGUGAUUAUACUACUACAAUUACUGGAAGUGGUACUGAUACUGUUACGAUUUUAGUAGAGACACCAAUACCUACUAUUACUACUACUAUUCCAUGGACCGGUGAUUACACCACUACAAUUACUGGAACCGGUACUGAUACUGUUACAAUUGAAAUUGAAACACCAAUACCUACUGUUACUACUACUAUUCCAUGGACCGGUGAUUAUACCACUACAAUUACUGGAAGUGGUACUGAUACUGUUACGAUUUUAGUAGAGACACCAAUCCCAACUAUUACUACUACUAUUCCAUGGACCGGUUCGUAUACUACUACAAUUACUGGAAGUGGUACUGAUACUGUGACCGUUAUUGUUGAGGUUCCAUCCAAUGAUCCACCAGUUUUACCAACUGUUACUACUACUACGCCAUGGACCGGUUCGUAUACUACUACAAUUACUGGAAGUGGUACUGAUACUGUGACCGUUAUUGUUGAGGUUCCAUCCAAUGAUCCACCAGUUUUACCAACGGUUACUACUACUAUUCCAUGGACCGGUGAUUAUACCACUACAAUUACUGGAACCGGUACUGAUACUGUUACAAUUGAAAUUGAAACACCAAUCCCAACUAUUACUACUACUAUCCCAUGGACCGGUGAUUAUACUACUACAAUUACUGGAAGUGGUACUGAUACUGUGACCGUUAUUGUUGAGGUUCCAUCCAAUGAUCCACCAGUUUUACCGACGGUUACUACUACUACUCCAUGGACCGGUUCGUAUACUACUACAAUUACUGGAAGUGGUACUGAUACUGUGACCGUUAUUGUUGAGGUUCCAUCCAAUGAUCCACCAGUUUUACCAACGGUUACUACUACUACUCCAUGGACUGGAUCAUACACCACGACUAUAACAGGCAGUGGUGCUGAUACUGUGACUGUAAUAGUAGAGACACCAGAUGGCGUUAUUAUAGUCAGUCUGUUUGGUGGAUUUUUCAAUAGUUCGUCAAGUACAUCAACAACACCCAGUAUAGGAUCGAUUACUACUCAUGCUGCUGUUUCUCCAAGUUCUAAUCCAUAUGGCUCAUUAAGUAUUCCAAGUAGGUCAAAGGUUAGUGGAGAUGUAACAACCGAAAAAACUACUACUCCAAAUGCUAACAGUCCAAAUCCAACUAGCUAUAUCGAUCAUGGUUCUAACACCGUCACUUCACCAAGUAUAUCUCAAAAUUCUGGAACUCCCUCAGCCGCAUAUUCUGGCCCUGGUCCUGAAUCACCAUCUAUUAGCUCGUAUCAAGGCUCUGCUUCUACUAAGAUAAUGUCUCCAUUAUUAUCUAUUAUUGUUGGUUUAUUUAUGAUAUUAUUUUAAUUUAUAUAAACCAACUUUUAUUUAUUUUAUCUAAAUUGACUUAUAUUUAGAGUUUGCUUUUAUGUCUUUAUUAUUUCUACUCCCAAUCAAAUCAAUAUAUUGUUUUUUUUCUGUAUUUCAUCAUUUAGAUUCGAAUUAUUAAGACUUUUUUCCAAAUCCAAGUCUAUGUCAAAGUUAAUAAUCACUGAUUUGACUAUUCCCAUGUUUUAAUCUAACAAGCCAGAAAUACGUUCGAUGCUUAAUUGGUGAAUCAUAUAUAGAUAUUGUUUUCUUCUUUUCGCCAAGUUUAAGUUUAUUGCUACAUUGGUGUUUUUCUUCUUUUUUUGUAA